GAAAAGAAAAGAAAAGAAAAAGGUUACAUCACGCGACUGUGCAAGAGAUGCAGAGUAAAUUCCUUUGGAGCUGGACGAGUUGGAGUUCUCCUCUGGGGAAAUUUUUACAGCCCAUCUCUUCGUGGAACGCGACAGGACAAGGAGGGGAGGUUGGGGCAGGGACCAACUGGGAAGCCUGCCCUUGGGUUCCAGGCUCAGGGGCACAAAUGCCCACACUGCAGGCAAAUGCCUCCAGUCGGAGGAAUUCGCGCGGCGACCUGCCUAGAGCUGGACCGCAAAGCUGCAGCGCACUAGCGCUUUCCCGGGUUGCACUUGAAGACGCUUCUCUGCGGGCCCAGAAAGUGCGGGCGUGCUACCCCGAGACACGUGCAUUUCCCACGGGCCCAAACACGCCUGGCCAAGACGCCCUUUGCAAACUCGCCCGCCCCCUCCAGAGCAGGCGGGAGCCGAGGAGCCCCCAGCCUGGCCUAGGGCCCGCCUCCUUUCCUCCCUCUGUCCCCUUUCCGGAGCGGAGUGGAGGCGCACUUACAGAUAAAGAUCCUGCAGCCCAGAGAUUUUGGAGAAUUUGACAGUGGCUGCUGAAAACUGUAAUGAGGAAGGAUUUAUCUGUGAUCACUUGCAAUCAAGGAUGCUCAGGAAAAACCUGCAAGUCCAGGAAGCAUGAAUACCUGUUUGUGGUUGGGAGCAGAGAACGGAUAAAGCUAUCGUUUGAGCUCCCCCUGCUGGUCGUGAGUGAUGCUUUUACCGGAAGACAGAUGAAGAGAGGGCAAGCAGUAUGGCUGAAAGGUGGGGAUGAAACAACUUUACCGUUGCUGUUACACUCCCCAUGGUAAAGGUUCCUCGUGCCCUCACUCCAGGCAUUGUGCACCCUGGCCCCUGCAAGCUCUGCCGACUCGGAACCUAGAUACUCCAGCUCUUGCCAAGGUGCUGGCCAUCUAACUCAACAGAGAGAUCAAGGAAUUGUAGCUGGAUAAAGAGGUGGAAAUCGGAGAAUGGAGCCAGCAGAUGAGACUGGAAAGGGCAGAAGAAGAUCCACUUCCCAUCCUUCAUCCUGCCUGGUGCGCUGGGUGGCUGUCCAUAUGGACUGCAUCGACAGUUUCCUUUCCUUCCAUUCUUCCAUUGGGUUUGGCUAGUAGAAGACAUUGGCAAGAGAUCUGGAGAGCAGGAGGAAAGUAAGACUUGCUUAAGAAGCCUAUCCUGUGCACCCCAGAUACAGACACCAAUUAUUGCCAUAUUUUGGGGCAAUAGAAAGAGAUAAAGGAAUGAUCCAUGCUACAACACAGAUGAACCUUGAAAUCAUGAAGGAUCUCCAUAGAUUAAGAUAAAGGAGGAUGUAAAUGUUCUGGAAGAAGUCAAAUAAUCAUGAAAAAAAAUUUGACCUUGAAGAUUGGCUGAAGACCAUUAUGAGUCUAACGUUUCCAGUGUAAGAUCAAGAGCAGCGAGUUGCAUUCAAUCAUUUCAAGGGAAAGUCUGCCGAAUCCUGAUUUAGUCAGUCAUCUGGCAUCUACCAGGAGAGCUGCCUGGAAAUCAUUGUGAAGCAGUUUGUUGACGUCACUAUAUUUCAUAUACUGAAGCCAGCAGAGCAAAUGGAUACUUCCUGUCUCAGCACCGACUCCUGUCCCAGGCUAUGUGGUGCCUCAAUCCUGGCAGUAGCAGUUUGGCUACGAGCAGGCAAAGAUGGUCCAGAGAUUCUCAGUCCUGGGGCUGCUACCAUUAACCCCUAUAUUGCUGUGAAUAUCUUGAUUGUUGUGGGUGUUACCAUCAUGAUUCUGGGUUUCCUGGGAUGCUUUGGUGCCAUGAAAGAAAACCAGUUUGUGCUUGUUUUGUUUUUCAUAGGAUUGAUUCUGAUCCGACUUCUGCAAGUGGUGGCAGGUAUCGUAGGAGCUACUAACAAAUCUAAGACUGAACGUGCUCUUAAAGAGACUCUCCAGACUAAUGUACAUCUUUUGAGUGCAACAAAUGGAAAACUAUUCCAGAAAGCCUUUUCUGAAAUUCAGGAAAAGUUAAAAUGUUGUGGUUUGAUCAAUGGAGCUUCUGAUUGGGGAAAUAAUUUUCAAUACUAUUACAAGUCAUGUGAAUGUCGAGGUGCAUCAGAUUCUUCUUGUACAAAGUAUGAUGGAAAAACUAUUUACAAACAGUCAUGCUUUUCUUUGAUAAGAUGCUUAUUUUCAAGAAGUCUUUCCAUAGUUAUUGGACUAGCGUUUGGACUGGCAGCUGUUGAGGACAAGAAGAUCUGAAUGCUGCCUUUCCAGCCAUUGAAUCUCUGUUCAGGGAAGGGGAAGAAGAAGGAACAAUGUUGGGAUUAUGAGACUACUAAGUCUUCAAAGAAAAAUAACUGUUCAAAUAAGCUUUUCUGAGAUGGCUGGAUUUAAACUGCAGUGUUGGAUUACCUGUUGUGAAAAAGUGUUGGGGGACCUUCAAGAUGGCGGAAGAGUAA